CCGCUGCUGGGCUCGGCCACGGCCGGAGAGAGAAGGGACAAUCACAGGGCUUCUCCCCCUGCUCCGUGGCGGUGUUUGUCCCAGCUGCAGGGGCACACGGAGACGUCUGCGGGAGCGCCGAGACCAGGAGCCGAGCCCCGGGGCUGGCUGCAACACUUGGCUCCACCUCAGAUCGAGGUGGAUGCUGCACCCUCUAGCAACCAAAGUUGAUAGCAACGUCGCUUGUGCUGGACCUAGAGGGGAAAGUCGCUGCCGCAGAGAUCCUUAGGCCCUGCCUUUGCUCUUCAGUCUCCCUAGCCUGCGAGCACUGAGUCUCAUGCACAUGGAUUUUGGAAGCGUUGCAGAGAAGGAGAGUGUAAAUGCUCUGACAGAGCAGGUGCAGCAUCUCGCUAACAAAAAUGUGCAGCUGCAGGAUAGGAAUGAGAGGCUGUACAUGGGGCCUGGAGACCUGCAGGAGAGGAUGGGGACGCUGGCUGGCUCCAAACCAGAUUUGUCAGCCAGAAUGGUCUUCAGUGAAGAGGAAAAACUGAAGAUUUCCAAAGAACUCAUUGAUCUCCAGAUUGAGACAAACAAAAUGAAGGAGCAGUAUGAGACAGAGAACUUUGAACUGAAAAAUAUGAUCUUGUCCCUGGAGAACCGUGUGCUGGAGCUGGAGCUCCGCAGUGAGAAAGUCACCGGGGAGCGGGACGCCUUGCGGGACCGGCUGCGCACGCUGGAGACCAGCCGUAAGGAGCUGGCGGACGAGUACAUCAUUCUGAAGAGCAAUUACCUGGCCCUGGGCAAAGAGCUCGACCAGGAGAUCCUCUUUAUCUUUUGGAAAUGUGUCACUUCGCACCAGUGCUGCUUUGAAUCUCGCUGCCUACACGGUGCUGUGGGCUGGCUGCUUCUGGAGGUCUUGAAGAAUGAAGAGCUCAGCCUAGAGCUGCUCAACCUGGCCAAUGCCAAGAGCACCCUUCCCGGCACAGGGAGCUACCACCACCUCUCCCACACCGCAGCCGAUGAGCCCUCUGCUGAGCCGGGAAGAGUGCGAGCAGUGGCGCGCCGUGUCUCUGCUCAGAAGGUGAAGCCAGAAGAUGCACUUGCCUCUGAACACAAGCAGCAAAACCUGGAAAAAAAUUUGCUUGGAAACCAGGAUCGCAUAAAAGUGGAGAUUGAAAAUCUGAAGAAAACCUAUGAUUCGCAGCAGCAGAAGCUGGAAGAGCAAGUGAUCGCCGUGGGGAAGGAGCUGCAGGAGGCGAAGCGAGCAAUUCGGGACACCCAGCGCAAACUGGCGGAGCAGUCAGCAGUGCUGCUCACCUCACGGAGCCAGCUGCAAGAGGUGGAGGCGGAGAACUCCCGGCUGCAGCUGCGUCUGAAGGAGCUCAACGAGCAGUACCGCUCCCGGCUCGCGCAGCACGUCAAGGACUUGGCGGAUUACAUGGACAGCAAAUCCAGCGACCGGACAGAGCCCAGCAAAGCCCCAGCUCACAUGAAGCACUUUGUGGACAGCAUGCUGAAGGACAUCAGGGCUUCCUACAAGUCUCGGGAGGAGCAGCUAGCUGGAGCAGCACGUGCCUACAAGAAACGCAUGAAAAACUUGGUCAAGAAGCAUGAGAACCUGCUGAUUGCGUACAGCAUGCAGCGAGAGCAGAUCCGCUCCUUGGGCAGCAGCGAUAUGGAUUCCGGCCCCGCUGAGCUCCACUUUGCCAUCACGGACCCGGAGCUGCUGACGAACACAACCCAGGAGCUAAACCGGCUGCGGGAGCACAAAACGAAACUGGAGCUGCAGCUACAGGAAUUGCAGCAGAAAAAAAUGAAAGAAACCUCUGACCUUCAGCUGCCAUCUGAGCAGAAGCUGGAUGAGGAGGGCUGGGCAGAGGUCAGGAAGCAGCUCCGGGAGUUCACGCACAGCACCCAGGAGGAUUUGGAGAAGGAGAGAAGCCAGCUGCUGACUCGGGCCAUCGUGGCAGAAGAGCAGGUGUCGGAGCUGCAGGAGUACGUGGAGAAGCAUCUUGCAAGGUACAAGCAGGAGAUCCUCCGGCUGAGGACGCUCGCUGGCAACAAGGAACCCCGCACGCUCAGCGCGGGGGCGGCAGACGCUCCCCUGCUGCCCGGAUCCAGACGGACCCCCAGCCAGGGACUGUAGCUCUUCCCCGCGGCUCCACAAAGCAGCACGAUUGUAGGGAAAAAAAAAAAAGAAACAGUUUAAAAGAAGGGGGCUUUCUGUUCUGCAGGCUGGCUGAGGCUCCUUUCCUGGCCAAGAGCUGGGACGCAUAGCGCAGGGCCCCACGUGGGUGUGCUCAGUCUCAAAUUAACGCUACUAAAAUGGGACAGGGCAACUGCGCCGUGCCUGGCCCCUGACCCCUCAGCUGUAGGAAGAGUUCUGCUGCUCCCUGAGCACACCAAGACGAGGGACACGGGGGCAGCCUCCUGGGCAGCGUUUUGCUGCGUGACUGCAGGGACAGGUCCCUGCUCCUGCCCUUGAGAGCGCUGCCACAGCGUUUCUCCCGGGUCAGCCUCGCUCUAAAGGCGAGCUCUGCUCCUGCCUCUGCUCCCUGCUGAGCUUGAAGAGGCCAGGGAUGGUUCAAGGUGCACUUGAACGUGGGAAGAAAACCUUUUUUCUCUGUGUUUGAGUGGAAGAAAGAAUGCCACGUAACGUGAGCAGGGCCAAACCAAAUCCUGCAGUGGGAGGCAGGCCGGACAGACGGCCGUCCUGUUCCAGCUUCAAAGGGACAUCGGGGCACAGCCUGAGGCUGCCCUGGCUCUGGGCAGAAAAAGCCCCCCCUGCGGCUCAAAGGCACAGCAAAAGUCUCGAGGGAAGAACUGUCCAAAUGUUUAUUUGGAAAAAUUAUCCCAAAUCACCAAUCGGACAGAAAGAGGCACUGGAGAUGUAGCCCUUAAAUCGUGUGAUCGUUCUGGAUCUGAUUUUCCCUCCCCCAAACUGACCACUCUGGAAUAUACGGAGGGACCAAGUCCCCCCUUUUUUUUUGGAUGGGGUGGGGAAAAAGCCUGGCCAAGCACCGCUCUCUCCCUCCCUCUCACUGCUCUCCUGGGCUGAGCCCACCGGUGGGAGAGG